AAUGCCUCCGGCAGUUUUCAGUGGCCAAUUCGUAAAGGUAAUUUGCGAAGAUAAUCCGACGGCUUGGUUCAAUGAACGUAGUAACAUGUAAAAGUUAAUUCAAGCGUGCCUUUUCUAUCUAUUUAUCUAUACUGUCUAACUCCCCUAGCGAGUAUUAUUGAAAGGUGCGCAGUAGGCCUUUUUAACCUUUUAAUGUCAACCACAUUUCAGCAUUUGCUCGUAUUUGUGAAAAUUACUUCAACGUGUGAGUGUAUUCUUUUUUUAGAAAAUAAUAUAAGUUAUUAAAAUGAACGAAGAUAUUAGCAUCUAUACAGGCAAGAAAAACGAGUUUCGGACAUUGGAUUAUGUUUUGUUUUCCCUAAUGUUUGUUGCAUCGGCUGUCAUCGGCUUUUACCAUGCGUACAGGGACCGUAAGAAGCGGGACAUUGACGAUUUCCACCUCGGCGGCCGAAAGAUGCACCCGAUACCCGUCAGUCUAUCUCUGGCCGCGACCUUCCUGUCGGCACUGACCUUGCUAGGCACACCGUCCGAGAUAUACACCAAUGGUACUAUGUUCUACUGGACGGUCGUCGGAAUGCUGAUAGCGACCGCCGGCGCCGCUCACGUGUUCGUGCCGAUCUUCUACCGUCUCAACUACACGAGCUGCUUCCAGUACUUCGAGACGCGCUUCGGAGUCACGGUGCGCCUUAUCGCCUCUGUGCUUUUUCUCCUGCAAACCUUGGUCUACAUGGGAUUCGUGCUCUACGCGCCUUCUCUUGCGUUCGAGGCGGUCACCGGCGUGUCCUUAUGGGGAUGCUUGAUCGGGACGGCCGCCGUCUGCACGCUAUACACGACGCUGGGAGGCAUGAAGACGGUUUUGUGGACGGAUGCUUUACAGUUCACCAUCAUGGUCGUAGGUUUGCUUGCCGUGCUUAUCGAAGGCUCAAAGUCGGUUGGGGGGUUUUCGGAAGCAUGGAGGAUCGCCUCUGAGAACGGGAGGAUAGAGUUUCUGGAUUUCUCGCCCGAUCCCAGGACACGACACAGCGUUUGGACGGUAGCUAUUGGAAGCUCGUUCUUUUGGCUGUACUUAUAUGGCGUAAAUCAAGCCCAGGUACAACGGGCGUGCUCUCUGCCCACUUUACGACGCGCUCAAGUGGCUCUUUGGCUGAACUACCCCGGCCUUCUUCUUAUAGUUACGCUAGUGAGCAUGAUUGGAGUUGUCGUCUAUGGUAUAUAUCACCCCUGCAAUCCUGUAAAAGCGAAACUGAUUGACAGAAACGACCAACUACUGCCACUUUUUGUUUUAGAUUCCCUCGGAAAGGUACCGGGUCUCGCAGGUGUGUUUAUAGCGUGUGUAUUUAGUGCAGGUCUGUCUACAAUUUCGUCCGGAUUGACUGCCAUGUCGGCAGUUAUUCUAGAGGAUUACAUCAAGCCAAUUGCCAAGCGUACGUGUGCUGACGCAAUUACCAAACACGGAAUAGCUAUAUCAAAACUCAUCGUCGUAAUUACAGGUGCAAUUCAGUUUGGAGUUGCUGUCCUUAUUUCUAAAUUCACCGGUCUCAUUUUGCAAUUCUCGUACAGCAUGUACGCGAUUACUGCUGGUCCCAUUUUCGGGCUGUUUAUUUCCGGAAUGUUGUUUCCGUGGACCAAUCAGAUUGGGGCAAUCGCGGGAUUUCUUCUCUCCGUAGCAUUCAUGUGCUGGCUGGGACUUGGUUCUCUGAUAGAAAAGCCCCCAUCUCUAAAACCAACUCUUCCAACCUACACGUAUGGGUGCUUCAAAAAUCUUAAUGCCUCUUUUACGACGAAUACAACAUUAUCAGUGAUGACGUCAUCUAUGACAAUGGCAUCACCAAUGAUGUCAUCAACAUCCGCGGCGGUAGCAGAAGAACCGAUGCUGUUUGAUUUUUAUCGGAUAUCCUACCAGUGGUACACAGGACUGGGCAUGAUUGUCUGUGUUUUUAUUGCCGUGUGUGUAAGCUUUCUGACCUGUCACACCGAUCCCAAAACAAUCGACAGUCGGCUGAUGUGCCCAAUCUUUGAUGUGCUGUUCCCAUGGCUGCCAGAGAAGAUACGAAAGCCACUUCGAUUUGGUGUUAUUUAUGGACGAACAGACGAACCAAACGGUGACUUCAAAGUUCGAUUAGAUGAUGUCACUUGUCAGGUGAAUACUGAAGCAAAAAGACAUGACAACUCUUCACUUGUGGUUGAAGAGAAUUUGUCAACAAAACUGUGAUUGCUUAUGCCUUUCGUUUCUUAUAUCUUAUAUUUUAUAGAUCUAAGUAUUUUACGCAGUUUGAUUUCGCAUCAUUGCAUGUAAUUAGAGUGAUGAUGUUAUUUGUUGAGUUUUUUAAAAUCGUAUGAUUAGUUGUUAAGAUUAAUUUGUCAAUAUGUGCGAGUAGGAUUUGUUUGUUUAGUUUAUUCAGUGCUGCUCUGUCAACAAAAGUUUUCAACUGGAAAUAAAUUAAUUUUAGCGACGUA